UUCGCGCCCGUACGCUCCCGACGCCAGAUUCCACCCCAAAAUUCCCGGCUGCAUUCCCGUUCCCAGCGCUGCUUUUGAAAGGAAAAGUGGGCUUGGAGGAUCGUCGUGACGUAAGGCGUGGAGCGAGGGAGGAGGGCGCACGGAGCGAAAGACUCCAUUUGCCCCGAACGCAGCCUCGCAGGAAAACUGUUUGGGAUAGUUCGCUUCGGCGGCUACUUCUCGUGGAUUUACCCCCCGUUUUGCCUCACUUUUCCCAACUUUUCGUCCAUGAUCUAAACCGGGGACACUUACUUCUCCGUUUUAGCCGUCUUUUUUUUAGUCUUUUAGCUUUUUUUUUUUUAACCAAGGAUGGCUCUGGACGGGAUCCGGAUGCCCGACGGCUGUUACGCCGACGGGACGUGGGAGCUGAAGAUGCACGUGACCGACCUGAACAGAGACGUGUCCCUCAGGGUCACCGGGGAGAUCCACAUCGGAGGAGUCAUGCUCAAACUCGUCGAGAAACUAGAUGUAAAGAAGGACUGGUCGGAUCACGCCCUGUGGUGGGAGAAGAAGAAAACAUGGCUGCUGAAGACCCACUGGACCCUGGACAAGUACGGGAUCCAGGCGGACGCUCGUCUGCUCUUCACCCCCCAGCACAAGCUCCUCCGCCUGCAGCUGCCCAACAUGAAGCACAUGAAGGUCAAAGUCAACUUCUCCGACCGAGUCUUCAAGGCCGUGUCCGACAUCUGCAAGACCUUCAAUAUCCGACACCCAGAGGAGCUGUCUCUACUGCGUAAGCCGAGGGACCCCAAGAAAAAGAAGAAAAAGCCAGAGGAGGCGGAGGAGGACGACCUGGAGCUUGAGGGGCCACUGCUCACCCCAGGAUCAGGGAGCAUCUACUCCAGCCCGGGCCUGUACAGUAAGACCAUGACUCCCACGUACGACUCUCGUGACGGCAGUCCCCUCUCGCCCACCUCAGCCUGGUUCGGGGACAGUCCUCUCUCUGAAGGAAACCCCGGCAUCCUCGCAGUGAGCCAGCCCAUCUCCACACCGGACACACUGGUCAAACUUUACAAGCCCCAGUCACUGCUGGACAAGGCCAAGAUCAACCAGGGGUGGUUGGACUCGUCUCGUUCUCUGAUGGAGCAGGAUGUGAAGGAGAACGAGGUGCUCCUGUUGAGGUUCAAAUACCACAGCUUCUUCGACCUCAACCCCAAGUACGAUGCCAUCCGAGUGAACCAGCUGUACGAGCAGGCCAAGUGGGCCAUUCUUCUGGAGGAGAUCGAGUGCACGGAGGAGGAGAUGAUGAUGUUUGCAGCUCUGCAGUACCACAUCAACAAGCUGUCCAUCAUGUCCUCGGACAACCACCUGAACAACAGCGAGAAGGAGGUGGACGAAGUGGACGCCGCGCUGUCCGACCUGGAGAUCACACUAGAGGGAGGGAAGACGUCCAACACACUGGGUGACAUCACGGCUAUUCCCGAACUCGCCGACUAUGUCAAGGUCUUCAAACCCAAGAAGCUGACCCUGAAGGGCUACAAGCAGUACUGGUGCACGUUCAAGGACAUCACCAUCUCCUGCUACAAGAGCAAAGAGGAGGCCCACGGCACGCCCGCCCUCCAGAUGAAUCUCAGAGGUUGUGAGGUGACACCAGACGUGAACAUCUCCGGGCAGAAAUUCAACAUCAAGCUGCUGAUUCCUGUGGCUGACGGCAUGAACGAGAUCUGGCUCCGGUGUGACACGGAGAAGCAGUACGCUCACUGGAUGGCUGCGUGCCGUCUGGCCUCUAAAGGGAAGACCAUGGCCGACAGCUCGUACAACCUGGAGGUGCAGAACAUCCUGUCCUUCCUCAAGAUGCAACACAUGAACCCCGACCCCCAGUUCAUCGAGCCCAUCUCCACAGACAUCAACCCCGAGUGCCUCGUGUCCCCACGCUACCUCAAGAAGUACAAGAACAAGCAGCCAGGCUUUAUCAGGGACCUGAUUUCCGCCCGUAUCCUGGAGGCGCACCAGAACGUGGCCCAGAUGAGUCUUAUCGAAGCUAAAAUGCGCUUCAUUCAGGCCUGGCAGUCGCUCCCCGAGUUCGGAAUCACCCACUUCCUGGCCAAGUUCCAGGGCGGGAAGAAGGAGGAGCUGAUUGGGAUCACUUAUAACAGACUGAUCCGGAUGGACGCGCACAGCGGAGACGCCAUCAAGACCUGGCGCUUCAGCAACAUGAAGCAGUGGAACGUCAACUGGGAGAUCAAGAUGGUGACGGUGGAGUUUGCGGACGAGCCCAGCCUGUCGUUCAUCUGCGCCGAGGUGGACUGUAAAGUGGUGCACGAGUUCAUAGGAGGCUACAUCUUCCUGUCCACGCGCGCCAAGGACCAGAACGAGUCCUUAGACGAGGAGAUGUUCUACAAGCUGACCAGCGGCUGGGUCUGAGCUCCACCCGCAGCACCCGCAGCACCCAAGGGCCCCCUCACCCCUCACCCGUCACCCAACGCCCCACGCAUCCCCGAGGAGCACCCAUCUUAACGUUAUUUUAUUCAGAUGUGUCAGAACGGGCUGAAAUGGCUCCACACGUUGCCAUGGCAGACGCUAUUUUUAUUUUAUGUACUAGAUUUUCUUUUUUAUUGCCUUACGCGGACUAUUGUGAAGGACUCUGAUUGAGAACGUUGAACAUGAAGUCUCCUGGAUGUCUGUGCAAACCCUCAGUCGUCCAGGUAGGUUCCAAGGCAAAAGAACAUUUAAUUCUGUCAACGGAGCUUAAGUUUUUGAAGCAAAUACGUUUCACCACUCUGUAACUCUUAUAUCUGUGUGAAGGGAAGAGCUAUUUAUUCUGAAACUGACACACCCUUGUUGUUUACACUAAGGAGUGUCAAAACAAAUAAAACAAUAGUGGUAGUUGGGCUGAGUAUCAUUAAGAAGUUACCUCCGUACAGUGCACUUUCAAUUUGAUACGAUAUAUAUUACAAAUCGAUUUGAUAUGAUUCGAUAAAAAAUAAAGGCUAAAUCAUGACUGUGAUACUAAAAGUCUUGUUAAACCGCUUUUUUUUGUGAAGUUAAUAUGAAAAACGCAAAUGUGUCACAAAAACGAGUUUCCUUCCCCUAAAUAAGCAACAAAUCUGUAGUGCUGUAACAAAAUAAGUUAGUAAAAUAUACCAAAAAAUACUCAAGAUACAGCAGCUCAAGAUAUCGAUACAGUAUCAUCACAUUAAACUGUACGAUAUAUCGAUAUUUUGAUAUAUAUGCAAAUAGGAGGUAGACCAACCAUUAGGGGCUUCAACAAUUACGCAAAAUAUGACUCAGAUGACGUUCACACCUUAGGGUAGCUCAAUGUACUUCGAAUUGCCAUAUGUCACUUCUAACUAGAGGUCUGCGCAGGAUAGAAUUUUCAGUCUCGCUCCCGCCCGCAUCUGAGAUAUUUUGUCCCGCAAAUCCCGCAAGAUGUGGACGUUCGCUUUCUUAAGCUCUAUCAAACACGGAGAAGCGGAAAGGAAUUGUCUAAAAUGUGCGCGAGAUUAGACCAAAACGCAAAUUUAAACAGCUUAAAAUGCUAAAAUAAAAUAUCCAGCGCAAAUGAUGCAUAAUAGGUAAACAUUAAUCAUUUGUAUAUUUUACUUUACACUCAUAUUUAGUUGUUGGGACUGCAGUUUAUCAUCCCAUGUACAAUGUUUCUUCACGUAUAUUGUUCUACGGUUUUGUAUUGAACAUAUCUGCCUUGCGUUUGUUCAGUUACAGGUGUCAAACAGGCUCAAAAAUACCUUGAAAAUAAGUAAUUCUUAAGAUCAGCAGGCUUCCUUCUCCAUAGAUCUGAUCAGUAACUUGUCUCCCUUCUGAUUACCAAGUUUAUGUCGGAUAAUUGAGGCGAAACAGUAAAAUGUGGCGGACCUUUUGCCAAAAAAGUUCCACAGUGCACCUGGAAUAACAAAUACUGCUUACGAUAAACAACUAGGGUGUGUUCGAUUCAGUGUAGUUACUUCUUUCCUUCACACAGAUACAAAAGUGACUUACAGAACCUUGUCAGAAGUGAAGAAGCCUCUCGGGUGAGCGGCGAAACGUAUUCACUCAAAAAUGAAAUCAAAAAUGGCCCAGCUGACAGAAUUUCUUGUUUGCGAAGUCUCCUGGAUCAUAUACGUCCAUAACAAGCCUGAACUUUAACCCAAAGAUGAUGUAAUGUUGUCCACGCGUUUCGUAUUAGUCAAGAAAACUCAACAUUGUCAGUUUUUGAUUUUAAUAUUAUGGCAUUGGAUUAGUGUGGACAUGCAGUGCAAAAAUAAUAUACUGAAAUGUGUUAAAAAUGUCUUGAAUUUCAAAUCAUAAAUUCACAGAUUUAGAUUUUUGGUUUUAAGUUGCUUGAAAGUGCCUCUAGAUAUAAAAAAUGUGUUUGCAAUAUAAUUUUUUAAACAUUUUUUGUAAAGUUAAAUCCCCCCCCCCAAAAAAAAAAAUCCGUGGAGUAUGAAAAUUAUGAAAGUAAAUCAAAAUUCUUAAAAAUAAUUUUAAAAACCCACAAAAAUCUGAAAAUGCAUUCGACUUAAGAUUUAAAUUACAAAAACAAAAAUACUGAUAAUCAACCUGAAAAAAAAUAACAUUGGGGUAAAAGUUAAAGUUACUACUACUACUACUACUACUACUACUAUUAGUACUACUACUACUACUACUACUACUCUGACAUUCAAGACAUUUUCAACAAAUUUGUAUAUUUAUUUUUGCCGUUGUGGUCUGUUAAUCAAACCAUCGUACGAAACUAACUUCAUAUUUGAGUUUUAACUGUACUACUUUUCCAAUUCAUGAUUUUUUUAAAUGAAAUUCUACAAGAAUACCUAGUGGCCUUCAGCUAGUCUGUACCAAUCAACCCUAGGUCACUCCAGCACUAUGUAUCCAUCCUAUGAAGUCAAUGAAGUGAGCACUUGUACACUACGUAGUCCUCUUUGAAUAAGCUGCCUUUUACGUAAUUUUAUUUUUUUUUAGUACAUGAAGACACUACACAGUUUUGAUUUCAAAUUUUCAUAUUUAAUGUUUGUAAAGCGAGAGUUGUGACAGGCGCGUACGUUUUUUUUGGAAUAGAAGAGCAGUUUAGUUUGCGUGGUUAUGCCCAUAGACUGUACGUAGAAGUGGACAAAUUUAGGCCGUGCUGUUCAUAUCCAGCCAAAUGAAGCUAAUCGAGGCCUGCGGUUAUAUCGGCAAAUGUGGUUCCGUAUUUAAAACAUGUAAGUGCGCGUUUCGUAUUGACCAAAGAGCCAAUCGUGAGCGGGGCCGUUGUAGAUACUGGUUUGGCAGAGGUGGGUGUGUAACUCUGAUUAAUUCUGUCAAUCAAUGGUAACGGUAACAGGAGCCACUCUCGGAAAAGAAGGCACCUGAUUGGAUUAUAUACCGUAUUUUUCGGACUAUAAGUCGCUCCGGAGUAUAAGGCUACGUUCACACUGCAGCCUGAAGUGACCCAAAACCGAUUUUUUGGCCCCUAUGUGACCUGUAUCUGAUCUUUUAAUGAUGACACAGAUCAGAUUUUUUCAAAUAUGACCCAGGACAUUUGGAUAUGUGCUCCUAAAACCGAUACAUAUCCGAUCUUUUGACAUGUGACUUCAGUCUGAACGGCCAAAGCGCAUUUAUCCGACCUACACGUUAUCAACAAGCCACAAACGUCACUAUUCUGCGCUGAAGUAGGUGAAAAUUGUUAAUGAACUCCGUGUCACUGAAGCGAAGUCAGUCUCCUUAAAACAAGUAAGUUGUUCAUGUUCUGGCUCCGGUACGAGAGGAACUUUAAAAUCUCCAGGUGCUCAAUGCUCGCAUCCACGUUUGGACAACUUCUGUAAACACAGAACACGCUCACUGCGGUUGACGUCGUCGUGUCUCCAGUGCACGAGGGACACUUUUGGGCCGUUUAAUGUUCACACUGGAGAUCACAUACAAAUCACAUUUAAUUGGAAAUGUGAACGACCUCACAAAAACAUAGGAUUUCACCCAAAAAAUCCGAAUUGAGCAUUAAGCCCUGCAGUCUGAACGUAGCGUAAAUCGCACCAGCCAAAAAAUGUGUAAUGAACAAGAAAUAAAUGUAUAUAAGCCGUACCUUUUGGUGGAAAUGUAUUUUAUAAAAUCAGAGUCAAGGAACCGACAUUUCAUCUUGAAAGGCUAAUUCUAGUAAAAACAGUAGAGAGAACAACAGACUGUUAACGUCACAUAUGAACAGUUCUUCAGAUAAAUAUAACAUAAACAGCAGAACAAGUUUAGCAAACUCUCCAUCUCACUACAAAUCACUAAAUCCAUUCAAUUCUUCAUCCUCGGUGUCACUUCUGAACAACUCCGCGACCUCUGGAGGUAAACAGAGCGCCGCUUCCUCUUCUGUGUCGCUGUCGUCAGACUCAGCAUCAGUUCCAGUUAGAAUUAUUCGGGUCUUUCUGAAUCCCGACAGGAUGGUUUCGGUGUCACUGAAGUCCAGACUUUGUCCAUUGAUCCAGUGACUUCCAGGAAAGUUUUAUGGUGCACCCUCCCCGUGUCACAAGUUUCUCGCUCACUCUAAACUUUCUUUCUGCUGCUCGAUUAUCGUUUUCAUCUGCAGAUUUCACGACGUGCAGCAGAACAGAGGCUCUUUCUGCAGGAGACAUGCGCAGUAGGGCAAAGUGACAUUGGCACAGGAGUAAUAGGAGCAGAUACUGACACACAAGACUAGAGCCUCUCGCCGCUUCAGUGUGAAAAUUUUAAUAUAUAAGUCGCAGGAAACACCCAAACCAUGAAAAAAAGUGCUGCUUAUAGUCCAAAAAAUACGGUAUAAAGGUUUAAAACUAAAAUCAGAGUUGUUGGAACCACUUCCUUUCACAAUUUCUUCCUGUUUGGAACGUAGCAGCGAUGUCCACAUUUAUACACGUCUAUUGUUACACAUCAACGUGAAACCAAAUCUUUUAGAACUUUAAAAAAAAAUCACAACUAAUUUAUUUUUUUGUUUUUUGGCGAAACUUUUUACAGCGAACGUUUUUGAUAAUCAUAACUGACCGCAUGCAGCCAAAUCGUAACGCAACGAAUCAUAUAACCCGCGAUUUUUGCCUUAACAAAAAGCUACGUGAAGUUUUCGAGAAUAUUUUAGAUUUCUGUUUUUUUGUUAUUUUAAUUUAAUUUUUUUGCAACCUCACGUCACCCCUGACAGCUCCGAGCUCGGGAUCCUGCCAUAACGUUACACGCUAUAUUUUUUUAUUCGUUUUUAAUUCUGAAUUUUCUGUUGCUCACACCGUGUAGUAUUAUUCAAAUGAUGGUUGUUUUAUCGUCACUCACCAGCAGAGGUCACUGUUUGAAGAAUGAAUAUGCAAAUGUGCUUUCUAUCCUCAGUAUGAAGGAGCAGCAAAAAUGAAGUAUUAUUUUUUGUAACUAUGUAAAAACACGAAUUUUCUAGAAUUGUACAGUUUUUUUGUUUUGUUUUUGUUUUGUUUUUUUUGCUUUAGAAGGAGAGAAGGUUAACCACCGUAACGUAAUAUCAGACUGUUAAUGAUUUUUUUUUUGUUUGUCACGUGGAAGAUUUCUGAAUAUAAAUGAAGAUUACUCAAGUCUCAAACUCCAGAAUUUUUUGAAUGUUUAAAAAAAAAAAAAAAUCAUUGAAAUUUCGUGCCUCUUAUAAUAUUAAUUUUUGUGAUGUUUUUUAAAAAGCUCACUCGCCCCCAGUUUUCCCAUCUGUCGUCAUAGUAACGCGCUGCCUUCAGGGUGCCUCCGUGAAGUCGUCCCUAUCUCGCAAUGGUCAUGUGAUCCAAUUAAGUCACUCAUUUGUUUCUGCGCCGCCCCCUUGUGGUUGUUUUUGAAGCCAGUGUCACACAAAUGGACAAUCUUUUCAGUUUUUUCGAAAAAAAAAAAAAAAAAAAAAUCUAUACUUAGAUUUUAAACAUUUUGCUGGCAUAAACAAGCUCACAUGUGAAUCACAACAUUAUAUAUUUAUUUUAAACAUUUAUUAUGUCAACAUUUUUUCAUAAGAUUUGAGUCAACCAUCAUGCCUCACACUAAACAAAAAAUAUUUAGAGUAAACUUUUAGAAUUCAGAAUUCAUUUUUGAUUUAUUUUUAAGCAUAAAAUUGGUUUUAUUUGACCAUCAUGCCUCAAAUUACCCAAAAUAAUUAAGUGAAAAAUUCUUGGAUUCAGAACAUUUUAGAUUUUUUAUUUUUUCCCAAACAUUUAUUUUUAAGUUUAAAAUUUAUUUCAUUUGACCAUCAUGCCUCACACUACACAAAGUAAUUAAGUGAAAUAAUUAAGUGACAUAUUCUUGAAUUCAGGAUAUUUUAGUUUUUUUUUUUUUUCCCAAACAUUUAUUUUUAAGUUUAAAAUUUAUUUUAUUUGACCAUCAUGCCUCACACUACACAAAAUAAGUGAAAAAUUCUUGGAUUCAGAAUAUUUUAGAUUUUUUUUUUUUUUCAAACAUUUAUUUUUAAGUUUAAAAUUUAUUUUAUUUGACUGAUUUAUUUUAUUUGACCAUCAUGCCUCAUACUAUACAAAAUAUUUAAGUGAAAAAUUCUUGGAUUCAGAAUAUAAUUUUAGAAUUUCAGAUUUUUAUUUAAGUAUAACAUUUGGUUUAUUUGACUAUCAUGCCUCAUACUAUAGAAAAAUAAUUUAGUGAAAAAUGCUGGGAUUUUCAAAUUUAGUCAAUCAAUUUUUUUUCUUUUUUUUUUUUUUUUUCCUUUUUAUUGUAAGUGGAGUUUUUAAAAAAAAAAAUCAAAAACAACUUCACUGACACAUUUUGCAUGGAUUUUUUUUUUUUUUUGGCCACACUAUGUAAGUAAACCCAAAAGUAUAAAAAGUAAAGUAUUUUGACUUCUUAAGUGUACAUAUUCUGACUUGUAGUAGUGUGGUGCUUGUAGGAGAACCCCAUGAGGCAGCUUGUCCUUGUCCUUCGCGUCGUUGAAUCGAGUGAGUCCAGAUGGUGUCGCUGGAGUUUGAUGGUUUGAGUUGAGAGAAGCGUGCGGCCUGUGUGUGCUUCUCAUGUGUGUGUACAAGCCUCCAGCCCCUCCCACUGUAAAAAAUGCAUUUAUUUUAAAAAGUAAUAAAGUAAUUUUUAUUUAAA